ACUUUACCUACCCGCCCUGCAAUACUGCGCAUCUUGUGCUUGUUAUUGGAUUUAUUUGUGCCAAAGCGUGCGGAGCGACAACAGUCAGUCCGUGUCUCUCUUCUCGGUCGUUGCUAUGUACAGAUCUUCUUCAAAGCAGUGCUCUCGUUCAGAAGUGAGCACAUCUAUCUCUUUGGACUUUUGAGUCUUCCUAUUCUAGUUUUCUACAUCACCUUUUGGAAGGUGGACAUUUUAUGAAGUUCUUAAGAUUCCACCAUGACGCAGACUCUGGAUCCCAACUGCUCCAACAGCUCAGAAGACUGGAACAGCUUUUACUUCAACUCAUCAAGGGAACCCCAAUACCUCCAAAACCCACCUUACUACUACACCCAACAGAAUAUCACCUAUGUGGACUUGUACCUCCACGAGCCCUCGGUGGCUGUGGUCUUCAUUGUGUCCUACCUGCUCAUCUUCCUGGUCUGUAUGGUGGGGAAUGGUGUGGUGUGUUUCAUCGUGCUGCGGAGCAAGAAUAUGAGGACAGUCACCAACCUCUUCAUACUCAAUCUGGCUAUUAGUGAUUUGUUGGUUGGCAUAUUCUGUAUGCCCACUACCCUGGUGGACAACAUCAUAACAGGCUGGCCUUUUGGAAGUUUAGUGUGUAAACUGAGUGGGAUGGUUCAAGGCAUAUCAGUGUCAGCUUCAGUCUUUACUCUGGUGGCAAUAGCUGUGGACAGGUUCCGCUGCAUUAUAUACCCCUUCAAGCAGAAGCUGACCAUCUCCACCUCCACGCUGAUCAUUGUCAUCAUCUGGGUCCUGGCUAUCUCUAUCAUGUGUCCUUCAGGGGUCAUGCUCCAGGUGACCAAGGAGCAGCGUGUCCUGAUUCUACUGGGGGACGGCUACAACAACACACUCCCAAUCUACUGGUGCCGUGAGAACUGGCCCAAUCAGGAAAUGAGGAAGAUCUACACCACCGUCCUAUUUGCUAACAUCUACCUAGCCCCACUGUCACUCAUUGUCAUCAUGUACGUCCGCAUCGGAUUCACACUCUUCAAGAUGGCUGUACCCGCCUCAGGCCGGGGAAUCAGUAGUGGCAGCAGCGGUGGGACGAAGCCCGGCCUGGACAACCACCGUCAGACGGUGUCGAAGAAGAAGAAGAGGGUGAUCAAGAUGCUGCUGAUGGUGGCGUUGCUUUUCAUCCUGUCGUGGCUGCCGCUCUGGACGUUGAUGAUGCUGAGUGACUACGCCAGCCUGACAGCGAGCCAGCACCGUGUCAUCAACAUCUACGUGUACCCAUUGGCCCACUGGCUGGCCUUCUUCAACUCCUCCGUCAACCCCAUCAUCUACGGCUUCUUCAAUGAGAACUUCCGCCGGGGGUUCGAGGCUGCGUUUAAGUUCCAGCUGUGCGUCGCCUACAUGGAGCGCCAGGUGAUCUACUCGCGUCGUAUCCAAGGCAACGCAGUGUUACCUGAGAACCUGCAUCUGCCCACCAGGCCCGGCUCGGCAGGGUCAGGAUUGGCUUUGGUGAACGGGAAGGGGCUGGGCCGGGAGGAAGUUGUCGGGCGGACGUCAGGCGAGAGGUCGUCGGGGAGCAACAUGAAGGAGCAUGAUCUGAUCAUGGAGGACCUGGAGAAGGUAUCCCAGAUUUAAACAUGUCAUACUGUAUGUGCCAUUGGGACAUGUAUUCAGAACCUGGAGAUUGUAUCCCGUAUUUAAAAAUUACAGUUAAACAUUUGUACUGUUGCAUGAACUGUAAUACACAUACAUGUAAUGUACCUAUAUUGUGCAAUAGACAUUCAGGGCACAGAGAGGAAACAGGCAGUGGGUGUUCCAAAUCGCACCAUGUUCCCUAUAUUGCACCACUUUUUACCAGGGCCCAUUUGGGACGCAGACGCUGUGAAGGUAUUAUCAAACCAACCACAUAGAGAGAGGCCCUUGAGGGUAAACUUGACACUUUAGGAAUAUUUUUUUUCUUAAAACCUCCUCCAUGUCCACCUGUCUCUCUCGCUCUCUCGCUCUCUCCACACCCCGCAAAAAUUUGAGUCGCAUCUUGCGCCCUACACUUGUCUGUCCGUUAAUCAGGGCCAGCCUUAGGCAUAAGCCACAUAAGCGAACACUUAGUGCCCCGUGAACUUGGUAAGUUAGUCUAACCAGCCAUCUAAACUUGUAGUCAAAUUACCAACCGGUCACAGAGGGCAGAGGGGUUCUGACCUACAGGGGGCCCCAUUGAUGUUAUUAGUCACUCAGAUAUCAUAUUUCAGUGAAUAUGAUCUAUAAUUACUUACAAUAUGAGUGAAAUAGUUUUACUUCCCAAAAUAUUUUAAUGAAGUAUGUUAAAAAGCUGCUUGUGUUGGAAUGGUGUAACAUACCUCAACAUCAGAAUGGUGUGGAUGCAUACAGGUCAUUAAUAAUAUUCAUGCGAGUAGACCACUGAUUGGCCAGCUCAUCCUAAUCAGGAGUAAGACAUCAUAUAGCAAGCAUUGUAAAAAGUUUUGAGUUGGGGUUUUUCUCCAAUUUAUGCUUUGGCCACAAAUAUAGGACGAGUCAUCAACAUUUCCUGGGUAUGAGUUAACAGAAUGUUAACUUUUAAAAGUGAGAUUUUCACUGGACAGUUACUUUAACAUGGCAUAAGUCAUGGCAAAAUGUCAGAAAAUGUGCUUUAAAAUUGCAAAAAUGUAUCACCACCCGAUUGCAAAAUGAGUAGAAUUGCAGUAUAUUACUUAUAACAUUUCUAAAUCUUCUCUCCACCCCAUGGCAAAAUGUAUAGAAUUGCAGCAAACUUGCUUUAAAACGGCAACAUUUUCACUACACCCCAUGGAAAAUGUGUAAAAUUGCAGGAUAUUAACUAACUUUAACCUCCUUAAAAAAGGAACAUAAAAGGACGAAAAAAACGGUACUUUAUUCUGGUUCGAACCGGUUCAGAACUUUAUUAUGCUGAUCGGGACAGUGGAAAGGUAGAAUUUUUUUUGUUGGUUCUGCUCAGAACUAAACGAUUGGAAAAUAACUUAGGUUCCAAACCCCUGAUAGAUAAUAAAGAAUUGUGUAUGUUAUAUUAUAUGCCAAUCUGUAUAUGGGGAGAAGUCUGAUUGGAAACUACAACAUUAACAAUAGAAUACAUUUUGAUUUCAGCAUCAUCUUGUAUUAUACUGCACUUUGAUAGUCUUAUCUUACAGAAAAAAUACAUGAUUUAACGUGUGGAAAAUCACGAUGUUAAUUUAUACAGUAAUUAUUAUUCAACAUGUCCUCACCUGGGAUUUUAACUCACAACACAUCUGCCAUGCUGAUCCUCGACACUGAGGUCCCACAGGGGCCCGUGCUUAGUCCCCUCCUGUACUUGCUGUCCUCCCUGACUGCGUGGCCAAGCACCAUCAUUAAGUUUG